ACUUUUGACAAUCGAGUCGUCGAGGAAUCAAGUCAGUAAAUCAUGAGGGCUUUAUUGAUAUUGGCUUGCUGCAGCGUUCUAGCAGUACUCGUUUCUACUGACACCAGUACAGCCACAUCUACUGACACUAGUACAGCCACAUCUACUGAUAAUAUUACAAGCACGUCUACUGACACUAGUACAGCCACGUCUACUGAUACCAUUACAAGCACGUCUACUGACUCUAGUACAGCCACGUCUACUGACACCAUUACAAGCACGUCUACUGACUCUAGUACAGCCACGUCUACUGACACCAUUACAGCCACAUCUACUGACACUAGUACAGCCUCGUCUACUGCUACCAUAACAGCCACACCUACUGCCACCAUUACAGCCACAUCUACUGCCACCAGUACAGCCACACCUACUGCCACCAUUACAGCCACAUCUACUGCCACCAUGCAUUCCACAUACAAUUGCAAUCGCAUGGACGACUGCAGGAACGGUGCCACGUGCAGCGCAAACGGCACAUGUGCGUGUAGCAACACAUACAACACGUACAACUGCCAGUACGACACAAGUGGAACAAACUGCAACAACACUAUUUGCAAGAAUGGCGGGACAUGUUUAAAUGAUACAGUGUGCGCAUGUCCGUACGGCUUCUAUGGAAACCUUUGUGAUAUACAUCAAGUGGAUAUUAUUUGCAACGGUUCAACAUCCGUGUUUAAAAUCACUCUACCUAGCGAGUUUGAUGGCAUCGUACAAGUAUACCCGAAGACAAACGGAGCCGUUUGUAACUUAACGGAACCAGCAAGCGGUGGGCCGAAACAGUACUCCGCGACGUUUGACCAUUCCCCGAACGGCACACAGAACUGCCCUUCAUCCAACCUUGACAUUUACACCCUGAAUGGCAACACAAACUACACGGCGAGAUUCCUGGUGCACUACAAAAAGUUAUUGACUACCUCGGUUGACGAGUUGUACACCCUCACGUGCACUCACGCUGGUGGGAAUGUGACAGUUUCCAAGGAGAUAACGGACAUACAAGUCAACAUAUCGGACCUUGACCCCGUUACGAAGGCUGAAGAAAUACGCCCGGUUGGAAUGGCAUUGCGGAGGAAUGGGGCUGAGCUGACUGGAGCUCUUUAUGUAGGGCAGCAAUUCGAGGUUGUCAUCUCCGUUGACAAUACGGAUGCCUUCGCGAACGUCCUCAUUGAGAGCUGUGCAGCCAACGAUACGAAGACGAUACCGACAACAUAUCCAAUAUUUGAUAAUGGAUGCCCUACUUCAGAAAGUAAGACAUUCGUAGGGGAGCAAGUGGGCAGCCAAAACAACAAGUCCAUUACAAUCAAGGCAUUCAAGUUCAGAGACUCUCAGACGUUGGGAAUUGUGUGUAACGUGCGAUUGUGCAAGGAGGGCGAUAAUACUUGUGCCGCGCCCGAGAACUGUGCGAGCGUCAGAUUAGAUUCACAAGGCAAAAGGAAAAAGCGUGAUGCAGACGACAAGUCAGAGGAGACGCUUUCCGCCGUCGUUACUGUGCUGAUUCCUGGGGAGACCGUCACGGUGACAGACGACAACACGAACGCAUCUGCCACAAUUGGAACGUGCUUUGCGCAGACGUCAAUCGUGUCGUUGGUCGCGAUUCUCGGAGCCCUGAUGCACACGCUUUGGUGAGAUCAAGUCUGACGGGGACGACAAUGUUUGCAUCAAGUUCUAAUUUUACCGAAAAAUACAAUGAACUAAUCAAACAUAUGUGUUAUUAGCAAGCAUGUGUAAGAACUUAUAUAUUUAAUGACACUUAAUAUUGUAGUCAAUUUAUCUUAAAAAUCUGUGUGAACUAACCUAUGCUUUCCAAGACAUCUUUUAUUUGGUCGUCAUCUUUGUACAUAUAUUUUUCAACUAUAAUACUUAAUCAUGUACGUUUUCAUUAUUUUAGAAAAUUAAAGUCUACUUUUCAAACA